CACACUUGCGAAGCGGUCAAGCUAGCUCCGGCUGCCUUGCGUCAACAACUUGGUCAGGACGCCCUCCAAGUCGCCCUAUCGGAGGGCUUGGAGUUCGCUUUUGAGAUUCCAAUGCCCGCCCUUUUGCCAAAAAAAAAUCAGAAUAACAAUGUGGUAGCACGACAUCAUUUCAUUCCGGUUUCCUACAGUUCACAUGACCCUCCGUGCCGUGAUUGGUAAGCCGUCAUAGCCGUGGAAUCGUU